AUGAGGACAUCAAUGCCUCUGCGGUGCCGCACCACGACGGCACCAGCAACAGCCGCAGCGUCGUUGCUGCUGUUGUGUGCGGUGCUCAUGCACCUCGUUCCCGCGGCCGCCCAGCAGCCACUGGACGGCAUGGUGUUGUACAAGAUAUUCAGCAGCUACUCCUGCGCCGCCUGCACGCAGGCGCAGCAGGACGGCCCUAGCGGUGUGGCGACACUCGCAAGGGCAUCCGGCGGCACGGUGGGCGCCGGCAGCGAGUCACUGAUUGUGUGCGACAGCGGCGCUGCCGGGGCGACGGUGCGCAUCGUGAACCGCAGUGGCCUCUUCACUGUCGCCGGCAACCGUGCAGAGCGCGGCUGGCGGGACGGCGCGGCGAACACGGCGCUGUUCAACAACCCGUCGAGCGUCGUGCUGAUUGACGGCACAAUGUACGUCGCGGACACCGACAACAAUCGCAUCCGCAACAUCAGCGCGAGCGGAAUGGUGGGCACAUUUCUCGGCGAAACGCAGCUGUCGAAGCCGACGUACAUCAUGCCGUACCGUCGCCCGAGCGGCACAUACGACCUUUUCGUGUCCGACACCAACAACUCGCGCAUCGUCUUCACCCCGCUGACGGACGUGCCUCCCGUGACGGUGUUCAUGACUAAUUUGCAGCCUGGCGAGAUGCAGAUCAGCGAGUCGCGGCAAAUCAUGUACGUCAUUCGUGAAGAGUCGCAAAUUGUGGCCAUCGACGUGAGUAGCGCCGGCACCGCGUCGCCACGCUCCUGGAACGUGGGCAAUAUCGGCUGCACCGGCUACAAAAGCGGCCUCAUGCUCACCGCCAACGAGGAAGAGCUGUACUACUACGGCAACAAGGCUGGGCAGUACGUCAUCAUGUCAUUGUCUGCGGUGGCGGAUGCGGUCGACGCGCCGCAAUUGUGCCCGAACGUCGUGAUGAAUUGGUCCGACAGCCGCAGUGUGUCCCUCGUGAGCGCGGGCAUGCGUGGCUUCUACGUGGUAAACGCCUCCGAUGUGUUCCUUGUGCGGGACAGCACCUUCACGCAGACGCUGACGAUAGACGAGUACCGCACGCCGACCCCAACGGCUUCGGUGACGCCGACGGGGCAGAUGCUGGAGACGCCGACCCCGACGGCGACGCCGUCCGCCAGCAAGACACUCACGGAGGGGCGCCCGCACGCGGUUGCCGCGUUCCCCACAGCGAGCCUCCCCGUCUCGUUCGUGCGGUUCAUUCACGAGAUGUACGCCUGGAUGAUGAGGGACGUCAGGAUCGCCUUCGGCACAGAUGACUUCUUCGCCGCGUUCGAGCCGCUUGGGUACAACGACGUGCCCGGCAGCGCCAAUGUUUCCACCUGGAACAACUUGACAGCGCAGCUCAGCUACGAUGGCAGCAUCCUUAUCACCCAUUACUAUGGCCCCUUUGGCAUGAUGGAGGACGAGGCGCAGGCAAGUCUCUUUGAUUCGUUGUGGAAAUGGGCACGUGAAUUCCAUGAAUCGCUGCGGAAGCGUGACCCGCCCAUCGCGCUGGACGACUUCUGUAUCAUUAACUGCACCAGCGAGUGUAGGGAGUUGUCCUAUGAGGAGAGUAUGUGCAUCGGUUACAAGAAGCCACCGCUGUGCAACGAUGUUUGCAUAGGGGCCAUUGUGUCAUCGGUGGUGCUGGGCGCAACAGGAAUUGCGUUGAUUGCCUUGAUGAUCGGCAGCCCUGCGAAUGUGAAGACGGCUUUCCUGCGUGUGCCGGCCUUUUAG